AUGUUAGAUAAGGGAAGAGAGACUCAAAGUCUGAGUACCAAAGAAAUGAUGCCUUUACGAUAUGUCUCCGGUCUUCCCAUGGAUUUCCUUAUGAUAACCAUAGAAAAUUUGUCUGAAAUUGAAGACACUUUGAACGCACUUAAGAGGAGAUUGGAGUUCAUUAGAGAAAAGACUAGUAUCGGAGCCAAUGUGAUAGAGAAGUGGUGGUAUGUGUUCGCAGCGAUAGGCAUGGGAUUGGCUGUCCAGGCGCUGCCAAAUUGACGUCAGCCCCGCUCUCUCAGACAUUUCAUCAUCGCAUCGCCUUUUCAUCGCCUUUUCAUUACACAGCCUCUACUUUACUCAACACAACCAUACCGUGAAUGCCAUAAAUUGAAUGAAUACACCAAUUCUUGAUUCACUACAUCCAACAGCUCAACAAUGAUCCCAACAUUUUCCUAGACUUUGAACUAACAGUGCUUUUCAGUGCAGUCAUACUCAACGCUCACGAGUUGUCACAACCAAAAACCGAGAAACGAGUUUCACAUCUCAUAACUACUCUUCAAAAACUUUUUUCAAUCACUCGUUUAAAUACAAAAUUCUGUUUUCAUUCUUCACGUGUUUUUAAAAAAAAAUAUUUGAGCAAAAAUGAAGAUAUCAUCCAAAUCGACAUCUUUGAGCAUUUUAUCGCCAUUUAUUAACCGACUUAUCGUCACAAUAAUGGUUUGCGUUAUACUUUUUGAAUACAAACCAUCGAUGGGUCGGCCGAGAAGUAGUUCCGCUACCAUAGAAAGUGUGGUCUCUUUAGUGCCACAACUCAUUGAUGUGAGAGUAAAGAGCAAUCA